GAGGACGAGGAGGCGCUGCUGGGCUUGCUGCAGUCGAGGCCGUGGGCGUGCGUGCUGUUCGCCGCGGGCCAGGCGGAGGAGGGCGACGUGGAGACGCUGACGCACGCGCUGCACCUGCUGCGUGCGGUGCUGCGCUGUGCGCAGCCGCCGCCCGUGUGGCUCGUGACGCGCGGUGCGCAGCCGCUGGCGGACGAGGGCGACGAGGCGCGGGCCAGGGCAUCGCCGGCGCACGCCGGGCUCUGGGGCUUUGUGCGCGCGGCGCGCAUGGAGGACCCCGACCGCCUGCCGCUGGGGUGCCUGGACCUGGAGCCCGGCGGCCUCGGCGGCCUCGGCGGCGAGCUCGCCCGGCGGCUGCCGGCGCUGCGCGCCGCGGAGGAGGUCGAGGUGGCGGCGCGGGGCGGGCUGCUCGCGAGCCGCCUGGAGCGCAGCGCCACCAAGGUGCUCGGGCCGCUGCGCCUCAACAUGCCUGUGCGCGGCUCGCUGACAGGGCUGCGCCCGGUGCCGCAGGCCGGGCGGCGGCCGGCGCCGCCGCAGUGCGUGCAGCUGAGGGUGCGCGCGGUGGGGCUGAACUUCCGGGACGUGCUGAACGUGAUGGGGCUUUACCCGGGCGACCCGGGCCCGCCUGGUGCCGACUGCUCUGGCACGGUUCUGGAGCUGGGUGACCUGGUCUCCCACCUCGGCGUGGCGGAUGACGUGUUUGGCGAGGCGCCCGGGUGCCUGGGCACCUACAGCGUGGCGCCAGCCCCGCUGAUGCGGCAGAAGCCGGCGUCUUGGUCUUACGAGCAGGCCUGCGCCAUGCCAGUGAUCUUCGCCACUGUGGAGGAGGCCCUUGGGGACCUGGCUAACCUCAAGAGGGGCGAGAGGGUUCUGAUCCAUGCGGCUGCUGGGGGAAUCGGGCUCGUGGCCAUCCAAUACGCCAAGCACGUGGGCGCCGAGAUCUACGCGACGGCCGGCGCGGAGGAGAAGCACGAGUACCUCCGGAGCCUCGGCGUGAAGCACAUCACCAGCAGCCGCGACGGCAAGCGCUUCGAGGCAGACAUGCGGGGCUUCCUGGACGAGGCCGGUGCAGACGGUGUGGACGUGGUGCUCAACAGCUUGAGCCACGACGACUACAUACACCGCUCCCUGCGCCUCCUGCGCCCGGGCGGGCGCUUCAUGGAGAUCGGGAAGCGCGGCGUCCUCAGCCACGCGGAGGCGAGGGAGGCACGGCCCGACGUCGCGUACGACAAGAUCGUCACCGACCACAUGAUGGAGAUGGAGGCCUGGACCUACAACGGCUACCUGGGGCGCUUGUUGUCGCGUGUCGAGGAGGGCGGCCUCGCGCCGAUCAACCUGCACGUCUUCCAGGGCCUGGGGGAGGGCGUGCGGGCCCUGCAGUUCCUGCAGCGGGCGCAGAACAUCGGCAAGGUGGUGGUCAGCGAGCCCAGCCGGAUGCUGUGCACGCCCAGCGCGACGCAGGUGGUGAGCGGCGGCACGGGCGCGCUGGGCGUCAUGGUGGCGCAGUUCCUGGUGGAGGAGGGGUCCAAGUCCCUCUGGCUGCUCUCGCGCAGCGGCAGGCCGCCCGCGGAGGUGCGCGAGCGCUGGGAGUGGCUGCAGGCCUCGAGCACCAGCGUGGCGGUGCAGUCCUGCGACGUCUCGCGGCCCGAGUCGGUGCAGGCACUGCCGGCCGCCGCGCGCCUGGGGGCGCUGCUGCACCUGGCGGGGGCGCUGGCCGACGGGCUGCUGGGAGCCCUGUCCCGGGACCUGUUCGAGCGGGCCUACGGGGCCAAGGUCUGCGGCC